AUGCGAGAACCCACCACCUCCAUCACCCACCACCACCCACCACCUACCACCACCACCCAAACCUACAACUUACCACCUCCAUCCACCAUCACCACCACCCACAGUCACCACCUCCAUCCACCACCACUCACCAUCACCACCACCCAUUGUUAUCGCCACCUAACAGCCAUCACAACCACCACCCACCCCUACUCAACACCACCGACCAAGCAACCCCACCACCUACAACCACCCACCAUCACACACCAUACACCACUCACCACCCACCACCAUCAUAACAACCAACAACCCACCACCAUUAACCGCGCCUAA